AAGGGCUGGAGCUUUCAGCUGGCAUUCCAGGCGGAGUGUCCCAUCAAUGAAAACAGCAAGCUGACUGUGGCCAAAGGGGCGGCGAGGCAAGGCAUGAGAGAUGGCAAGACAGUGCCACCGUCCAUCAUUCAAUGGGAAGUCAGAGAGGUGUGCAAAGUGAAGCUCCUUCUUUUGAUAAACCACUAUGCCCAGGAUCCCAUCUCGGGGCUGAAUGCCACUGAAAUCACUAAGGAGCUGGAAUGUGUUUAUAAGAACUCCAUUUCAUCAUACCACACCAUCCCAAAGUGGGUGGCUGAAUUCAAGGACUCAACAUGUGGCUUAGAAGAUGCACCCCAAAGUGGCUGCUCAUUGACUACAACCACCGAUGAAAAUGUUGAAGCCAUGGAAUGUGUCGGUCAUCGGAAUUGUGACAUUGUUCGGUCACUUACCUCGUCCAGAGUGUCAAAGCAGCUGGUCUCCAAAACGGUCACGUGGUUUCAAGAGACUUAGAACCUAUAUGACAGACCGAGAUCUGGUCGACCACGCACUGCUGUAACCCCCCGCAACAUCAAAAGGGUUCGGUG